GGGGAGGGAAUCUUCUCAGUAAAUCUGAAUCUCUCUCAGCUUACACAAUCUCCCGACAAAACCUCAGGCUCAGUAAUGCUCGGUACACUGCAAUAGUGAGCCGUACCAUCCGUACCCUUUCUGCUGCUCGAGGAUACACAAAGCACAAAUCUGGACAUGGAGGAGGCCGACCUGCUGAAGGAGAGGCUCCAGGCCAUCAUGGACAAAAGAAGAAUCCAGGAAGAAAUUGCCAAGAAGAGGAGACAGAUAGAAGAAGAGAAGUUAAAACUCCAGUACAUAAAGAAGAAGGCUUUGAGGGAGCAGUGGCUGAUGGACGGUCUGAGUCAGCAGUCGGAGGAGGAACAGGAGGCCAUGAGGCUUCAAGCUCAAGAAGAACAGCAGCAGAGUGAUCACCUGCAGAGCAACAUCAUCAGGAUGGAGAAGGAGAUUGAGGCCUUGGAAGCACAAGAACUCAACAUCUCUGCCAAUGAAGAAAUUGUGGUGAAGCGGUUAAAAGAGGUGGAGAGAACAGCUGAAGACAUUAUCAAGAAAGCUACCUCAGUGGAUAGAGAGGCAGAUGGAAAGGAACUGAAUAAAGGUUGCAGCACAGCUGAGGAUCACAACUCCAUGUCCAUCACCAUGGAAACAACAGAACAAUCAGCGUUGGAGAUGGAUUGUGAAGUGGAUGUUGGUAUGGCUGAUUCACCUAAGCAACAGGAUUUCAUUGCAGAUGACGAGCUCGUUUAUUCAGCAACACCGCCAUUAGUCUCAGAGUCCCCGUUGGAAAUGGUAACGCUCGACACUUUAUUAACUGACAUGCCAAGCAGUAGAGACGGGAAUGACAAGCUUGACUGCUCUGACCCCAAUGUCUGCACUGAAACGACUUGUCAGAAUCAAAAAGAAGCUUUGAUUUUGGAGCCGGGCUGUGAAGAGCUCAGCAGGAAUGAAUCAGUCACCUCAUCUGUGUCCGACCCACUCUCCAGUGUAGACAGUGUGUGUGAGAAUGACCCCCAACAUAAGAGGAGGAAAACACCAGAACAAGACCCUGAGCUAGAACAAGAUGCUGUACCAGUACAAAGCCCAGAGCCUGGUGAAGAUCCUGAGGAACUAAGUCUUGAACUACAGCAAUACCCUGAGCCAGAGCCGUUCCCAGAAUCAGCGCAAUACCCUGAACCAGUACUAGACCUUGAGCGAGAGCCAUUCCCAGAAUCAACGCAAUUCCCUGAACCAGUACUAGACCCUGAGCUAGAGCCAUUCCCAGAAUCAAUGCAAUUCCCUGAACCAGUGCUAGACCCUGAGCUAGAGCCAUUCCCAGAAUCAAUGCAAUUCCCUGAACCAGCGCUAGACCCUGAGCUAGAUCAGUAUCCUGACCCAGAGCCUGGGGCUGUUGACAAUUAUCUGCAUUCUAAACAAGAUGGCUAUCUAAAUCUGGAAAUAUAUAAAGACCCAGAGGCCCAAGAACUCAUAUUAGAACCAUCCGUCAAAGAGGAGUCUAUGUUAGCACAGUGCAUUAGAGAAGAAGCUUUGUCAGAUGUCUCCACUGAAUCCUGCCAUGAACCUGGUCCUGAUGAAAUGGAAGAAUGCCUGAGAGUUGAGAUUGCAGCAGCUUCCUCAGAUAGUGAGACGGAUGAAAAAUGGAGAACAAUAUUCUCCUCUUCUAUUAAUAAAGAAGAUGAUGAUUCAUAUUUGGAUAGUCUUCAGUUGAGUGCCCAGGAGCUCUUUGUACAAAAAGCUGAGAUGACAGGUGUUGAAGAGCAAGACAGCAACACUUUUCAUGAAGUGUGUUUUGAGGUCCCGCAAGUGGAAGACGUUCUCGAACAGCCCGAGGUUAACAUUCCUUUUCCCAGCCCUUCACAAGAGGUUAAAUAUAACCCGUUAGGCCUUCAAGGCUUGUCUAAAAUAUCUGAAGAUGAGAGUGAGAAUGGUAAAGAUGCUAAUUAUAACCACAUCAUUCACCAACCACACAUCAGUGUAGAUGCAGUCAAGAAGCUACCUAAAGACUUCUGUGUGAUACAGGAAACCAAGAGUGAGAAUGUUAGUACAGAGCACGUGGACUUCCAGCUGGCUCGUAAACAGUGGCGGGAAAUGGAGGAACAAACCAAAAACAAGGUAGUCUUACCUACAACCAAGCAGCUGAGCUUCCACGGCAGCCACAGCUUCAUGUACACUCCAGUACGCAACAUUGACAGACCUCACAAGAAAGCACAUGAUCUGGAAAACUUAGAUCUGGUUGGGGAGUAUCCUCACACCCAAUUUAGCCCCUGCUCAGAGGAUUCUGGUUUGGAUGAUUCCAGUUACAGGUCCCCUUAUGAUGACCAAGAAACAGUUGAAAGGGAUAUUCGCAUAUCACUGGAGAGGGAAGAAAAUUUCAAAAGGGAGAGGGGCCUUUCCAGGAUGGGCAAAUCCACUGAUUGUGCACCAUCAAGAAGUAUUCCUAGAUCAAUAAGCACUCCAUUGACGCCGUCAUUCAUCAUCACCUCCUCACCUACCAAGGAACCAUCGAAACAUGAAAUGUCAGCGAACAAUGUAAUUAUUCUGGACCCUAGCAAUGAUUUUACCUCUAGUCCCAGGCAUGUUAAAGACAACAUGAAAGCUCAGUCUAGUGAGUGGCACUCCAAAGAGACCAGCUCCAGUGUCAUCAUCCUGGAGACGUCCAAUUUGAUUAUUCGCAGUGCCUCUGAGUUCUCUCUCAGUAAAGCAUGUGAGCAGCCCCAGGAAAAAAUGUUCCUGAACAACCCAUUUUUCAAACUACGUUCAAGAAGCACAAUAUCCUUGGUGGAUGAAGAGAUCAAGAUGGUAAAGCAGAGGGAGGAUGAGCUAAAAAAGGAGAGGGAAAAUCUGUAUGCCAAAGACAGGUUCAGUGCAGAAAGAGUAUUGUCAAAUCGCAUGGAAACGUUGACCUUUAAUAACUCAGUUGAUGUUCCUGUGAAAUGCAAGUCGUCUCCAUCUUCACCAAUGAAAACCACCCACAGGAUGGAUCGUGCUGCUCUAUCAUGUGAUCACAGAUUUCCAGAGAUCCACACUGGAGGAAGACGCAAGAGUGCCAUGGCUUUGCGCUGGGAGGCGGGCGAGUUUACAAAGAAUGAAUGAAAUGGAACAAGUCAAAGGUUCACUGCAGUGUUAUUCUCAUUCAAGUUAGAUGCACUGUUAAAAUGGUUUGUUUCAUGUUGUGACAUAACCUAAAUUCUGCUUCAUGUGAUGCUUGGGCAAAGAGUGUUUAUUCUUACGUUAGUCUGAACAAAGUUUAUUGAGCACUGAUGGCGGAUCUGAUAACGCUCAGUUCUGGCCAAGAGGUGCAUAUUAUGUUUGUGAAUACCCAUACGCAUUUGACAUUUGUUCAUUACUUGUGAAUAAAUACUCACAUUUGCUGCUGUUUUAAGGUCUUAAUAAGCUACAAAAUCUGUAAUUGUUUUAGUAAAGUGAUGCUUCUUAGACAACUAAAAGCAGUGCCAACACACUUUGUAUUUAAACCCUAAACAACUUUUUUUUCUUCUUUUUUUUUGGCUUGUGAAGAAGCACAGAAGGUCCUAAAACUGACAAACAGUGCAGUAAAAUAAGAACAGACCUCAGCAGUUUGAUAUGGCAUUGAGUGUAUGUCCUGUUAAUGCACUACAGUGUUUAGUGGAUCCUGGUCUUUUGCUGAAGAUUUCUUUCUGUGGGAAUAGAUUGGAUAAAGGAUCGUUUCAUUGUUUGUGCCAUGUCAGAUGACUGAUUGGAGUUAGUCAGUAUUAAUUCUCCAAUAAUCUGAGUGUAAAACUGUAAAUGGACUGCAUUUAUAGAGCUCUGUACCUUAAUUAACCACUCUAAGAAUGUGACCCUAAAAUGUCCUCUGCUGGGAGAAAAGUACAUCAAUUGUUCUGUUGUUGGUGGCAAGAAUGAACAUAGCAGGCUUCAUAUAGUCCCAGGCUCUCAGGAUCUUAAGGCCCUGGGCAUUACUCUGUCCCAACAACAAGAGGAACUCACGGUAUGGUUAAUGCUUCAUAUGGCUAUGGUUACCAUCUGUUUGCCUUUCUAUUCUUCUGUCGUUACAGUUGAUGUGCUUUUCUGCUUUAACACAACUGAAUUCUUCAAAAAGGCUUCAAUAUGUUUCUGUUUCUGUUGUCAGACAAAGGAACACGCAUGAAAAACAAGAGACUAGUUAAAACCAGCAGCAGUCCCUUUAAUGCCAUUUUCUUUCUUGCUGCUGAAAUCAUCAUAACAGCAAUGUUGUGUGGCAAAAACCAGAAGGUGUACAUACACGGACACCUUUGCCUCAGUUUUAUAUGAUGAAUAGACUCGUCUGCCUUUAAAAACAUUAUGAAAUUAGACACAAAAAAACUGGCAGUGUCAAAGGAUGAAACGAGAAACAAAAUCAUAAAACCUGGAAGCAAAACAAGGGCUCUCUGAGAACGAUGACACAAUCUGAACCAAUCCUUCAUAUAAAGGUUUGCUGACAGUGAAAGUGUUUGUUCUUUCUGAGACGCCCCUGACAAAUGUAUAAUACUGUCCACUUUUUGCUAACCUGUGAGACAUUAUACAUGUCAAUCAGAUUUUUGAUGUUAUUGUAUGUCUUGAUAAUGAAAAUGUGACAUUGGUUGGUGUAUAUUAGCUGUAUUUUCAUAUUAUGCUGUUAGUUGCAACUGAAACUUUAAGCUGGAUGAACAUAAAGGAAUAUCCAUGCAUUCAACUGAAACAACAUAGACAUCACUUAGACAAUCUUAUUAUAAAUGUCAAGAUUUUUAUGAGACUACGUAUAAAUUUAUAAUUCCUUUUCAAGCCUCCCUGUGGAGGGUCAAUGAAGCCAUGGCCUAGCUAUAAAUUACACAGGGUAAUUAAAGGUUACUCUAAUAAUUAACAACUUAUUUAUUUAUUGUUAGAGUGGGUUCCUUUACAUGAAGAAAUACACUGAUGGUUUUUUAACAAACGUUUCAGCUUCUCUGAAAAACAAUUUAUACAAAUUCCGUACUUUCACCUUAGAGUCUAUUGAUCCUAAACAGUUUGUUUUUCAUUUCGAAUUUGUAUGCUUAAUUGCUGAAGUAUAGCUUACAAAACUUAAGGAUUGCUUGCUGAUGUUUAAACAUUUUGUGUACAGCCCCCUCUGUCGCUUUCAGGGGCUAACUGGGGCUCUAUUUGCAGGGGAUUUUCACUGUGUAUUCCUCAUGCAAAAAUAAAUAAAGCUAUAUAUGAUAUAUAA